AUGGUGGCCGAUCCGCCGACGGGAGCCCCCACGUGGCCGGCCGCGAAGCCCCCCGCGAACGGGAUCCCGGCGUCGGUGCCCAAAGCGGACCCCGGCGCGGCGGGAGGCGGCUCCUGUUCCCGGGACCGGGUGCGCCGCUGCCUUCGCGCCAACCUGCUGGUGCUGCUGACCGUGGUGUCCGUGGUGGCGGGCGUGGCGUUGGGGCUGGGGGUGUCCGCGUCCGGUGGCUCGGCGGCGCUGGGCCCCGCGCGGCAGGCGGCCUUCGCCUUCCCCGGGGAGCUGCUGCUUCGCCUGUUGCGGAUGAUCAUCUUGCCGCUGGUGGUGUGCAGCCUGAUCGGCGGCGCCGCCAGCCUGGACCCGAGCGCUCUGGGGCGCAUGGGCGCCUGGGCGCUGCUCUUUUUCCUGGUCACCACACUCAUAGCGUCCGCGCUCGGCGUGGGCAUCGCGCUGGCUCUGCAGCCCGGAGUCGACGGCACCGCCGCCGGCACAGCCAUCGGCAACGCUUCUGUCCCGAGCGACGUCUCGCAAGACGCGGUCCCCAGCAAGGAGGUGCUGGAUUCCUUCUUGGAUCUUGUGAGAAAUCUCUUCCCUUCCAACCUGGUGUCUGCAACCUUCCGCUCAUACUCUACCUACUACACAAAGGACAACGGAACCUAUGUGAAGGCGGCGGGUGAGGUGGAGGGUAUGAACAUCCUGGGCCUGGUGGUGUUUGCCAUCGCCUUUGGCGUGUGCCUGCGGAAGCUGGGGCCCGAGGGGGAGCUGCUCAUCCGCUUCUUCAACUCCUUCAACGACGCCACCAUGGUGCUGGUCUCCUGGAUCAUGUGGUAUGCCCCCGUGGGCAUCUUGUUCCUGGUGGCCAGCAAGAUCGCGGAGGGGGACGACGUGGGGAAGCUCUUCGCCAAACUCGGCAAAUACAUCCUGUGCUGCCUGCUGGGCCACGCCAUCCAUGGGCUCCUGGUGCUGCCCCUCAUCUACUUCCUCUUCACUCGGAAGAACCCCUACCGCUUCCUGUGGGGCAUCACAGACACGCUGGCCACCCGCUUCGGGACCGCCUCCAGCUCCGCCACUUUACCGCUGAUGAUGAAGUGCGUGGAGGAGAAGAACGGCGUCUCUAAGCACAUCUGCCGCUUCAUCCUGCCCAUCGGCGCCACCGUCAACAUGGACGGAGCCGCGCUCUUCCAGUGUGUGGCCGCGGUGUUCAUCGCCCAGAACAAGCAGCUCCCCUUGAACUUCGUGAAGAUCAUCACCAUCUUGGUCACCGCCACAGCGUCCAGCGUGGGCGCCGCGGGCAUCCCUGCUGGAGGCGUCCUCACCCUGGCCAUCAUCCUGGAGGCAGUCGGGCUGCCGGUCGACAUCUCCUGGAUCCUGGCUGUGGACUGGCUAGUGGACCGGUCCUGUACCGUCCUCAACGUGGAAGGCGACGCCUUUGGUGCGGGCCUCCUCCAGCAUUACGUGGAUCGGACGAAGCCCGCCAGCUCAGUGCCCCAGCUGCUCGAGGUGAAGACGUGUGUGGAUCCGAUGCCCGUCCCCAUUGAGGAGGGGAACCCACUCCUCAAAAGCUACCCGAGACCUGCUGCGGAUGCUGACGGCUUCGAGAAGGAAUCUGUCAUGUAAGCCCAGGAGGGACCUUCCCUGCCGAUGGGGCACUUUGGACAUUCAAAUCGCACGAGAUGGAUAAAGGGACACGCCGGGGUUCUGGCGGCCCCGCCCGUACACUCCGGGGAGCCAGGGGCCCAGCCUCCCUCCCCUGCCCCAGAUCGGUGAGGCUUUGCUGCUAGGACAUAUGUGUAUGUGGGUGUGAAUGUCUCCCCAAACCUCCCUGAUCUCAACUCCUGCCCCCACCCAAGGUUACGGAACAGCAAAUGGACAAGUGGCGUCCUGGCCCCCCAUCUCAGGGCGUGGCACAGGGCACAGGUCGCCGCGUGGAACUGUGGCCUCUUUGAUGGGAUGUUCCCACAUGUGCUGGCUCCUUUGCUGGUUAUUUUGGUGGGUGUGGGUGUGUGUGGGUGCUGUGAUCCACGGUACGCUCCACCCUGUCCCGGGAACUCUGGGUAGGGGGAGACUAAGGACAAACACUGCUGUCGCUCCAGAGGACAUUUUUUAGCAAUAACAUUGCCAAGCCCUAACCAGUUUGCUCAGUGGUUAGAGCGUCCGUCCCAUGGACUGAAGGGUCACGGGUUCAAUUCCGGUCAAGGGCACAUACCUCAGGCGCAUUCAGGAGGCAACCAAUGGAUGUUUCUCUCUGUCUCUCCCCCUCCCUUCCACUCUCUAAAAAUCAAUGGAUAAUAUAUCCUUAGGUGAGGAUUAACAAAACAAAAAAAAGUUGUCAAGUAUAUCUAAUCAGAUGUUUUUAAGAAUUUGACUAGAAGCACUAGCUACACAGGAAUAAAAAACAAACAGGACAGCCCUAACCGGUUUGGCUCAGUGGAUAGAGCGUCGGCCUGUGGACUGAAGGGUCCCAGGUUCGAUUCCGGUCAAGGGCAUGUACCUUGCUUGUAGGCACAUCCCCAGUGGGGAGUGUGCAGGAGGCAGCUGAUCGAUGUUUCUCUCUCAUCAAUGUUUCUAACUCUCUUUUCCCUCUCCCUUCCUCUCUGUGAAAAAUCAAUAAAAUAUAUUAAAAAACAAACAAACAAAAGAAAAAACAGGAUAAGUGGCACUUCAGGGAAAUGUCUGUCCGUCAACACUAUGGGCAACCACCAGGAGAUGCCACGCACGCCUACCGGGAUGGCAACACACACACACCACGUCCUGUCGGGCAUGUGCGCAGCUGGACAGAGCCCAUGCAUUUCUGGUGGCAAUGCAGAAUGGUCCAGACACUUUGGAAAGUGGCUAGGCAGUCUUUUCUUUAUUUUUUAGAGAGGGAGAGAAACAUCUAUUUGUUGUUCCACUUAUUUAUGUAUUCCUUGGUUGAUUCUUUUUUUAAAAACUAUAUUUUUAUUGAUUUCAGAGAGAAAAGGAGAGGG